GGUCUGUCUCUCGCACUCUCUCUUCGGUUAUUUUCGGUCACAUCGUAUUGUGUGUGUGUGCUUCGUGCUUGGCGCUCUCGUUCCUCGCUCCUCGUUUUCCCCACACACCUCUCGCCAAAGUGCCUUGCGCCUGGUGUUUACACGACGCGUUGCGAAUUGUGUUGAAUUGUGAUUCAGGACUCGUGAUAUAUAUAAAUGAAUAAUAUAUGUAUACAUAUAUAUAUAAAUAAAUGUGUGACGAUUGUCAAAGUGUGAUAAGCAUAAAGUGGUAAAUGGUGAAUUUUAUAGCAUUCAUCAUAGCAACAAAUUGCAAUAAUUGAUAAGAAGAAAACAAGAAAAAUAUUUGGAAAAGCAACACACUUAUAAUUAUAAUCAAUCAUCAAUCAAAUGAAUUUUGAACUAAAUGCAACUGGUUUUUACUCCCAAUUUCCUUAGCCACUGGCAAUUUGUUGUUCGCGUUUCUGCAAACACACACACACAUACCAACAACUAAAUAUAUACAUACAUAUAAGAAAAUAAACUUACUGGGAAAACUCCAAAUCCAAAAUACCAAAAUCGAGCACAAAAACUACAAAAAUUGCAACGCACGCAGCAACAACAUAAAUUAAAGUUCGAACAACUCGCAUUCACUAAAUGCAUUAAGCUACUAAGUAGCUCGGAAGACACGAAGCGUCAACACAGAAGCAAAUAAGAAGUACAACACACAACCCACACACACCCCACACACACACACAACACACACAACACACACAACACACACACAGCAACAAAAUGGCCUUAAUAAUGAAAAUAUACGAGAGCAUAAACAGAUAUAUGGACUCACAUAGUGAUUCAAGGACAAAGGACUGGCCCAUGAUGUCAUCACCCUUCCCCACACUGGCCGUCUGCCUCACAUACGUCUACCUGGUUAAGGUGCUUGGUCCGCGAUUAAUGGAGAAUCGAAAGCCGCUGCAUCUACAGAACAUGCUGGUCAUGUACAAUGCGUUACAGGUUGUAUUUAGCGCGUGGCUCUUCUAUGAGAUAGGAAUUUCCGGUUGGCUAACAGGACAUUAUAGCUUCCGAUGUCAGCCAGUUGACUAUAGUAAUAAUCCUAGAACGUUAAGGAUGGUUCAUGCGUGCUGGUGGUAUUACUUCUCCAAGUUCACAGAGUUCAUGGAUACGAUCUUCUUUGUCUUGCGCAAGAAAACGAGCCAGGUAACAACACUCCAUGUCAUUCAUCACGGUUGCAUGCCAAUGUCCGUGUGGUUCGGCGUUAAAUUCACACCAGGUGGACAUAGCACUUUCUUUGGCCUGCUCAAUACCUUUGUGCACAUUGUGAUGUACACGUACUACAUGUUCUCGGCCAUGGGUCCACAAUAUCAGAAGUAUCUCUGGUGGAAGAAGUACCUGACAACGCUGCAAAUGGUUCAGUUCAUAUUGAUCAUGGUGCACGCCUUCCAAUUGCUCUUCAUCGAUUGCAAUUAUCCGAAGGCAUUUGUCUGGUGGAUCGGAAUGCACGCUGUCAUGUUCUUCUUCCUCUUCAACGAGUUCUACAAGGCAGCCUACAGAAACCGUCUCAUGAAGAAGAAUGCGCUGCUGGCGAAUGGACACGCCAAUGCCAUUGCCAAUGCCAAGCCCAAUGGCUACUGCAAGAGCAUCAAUGCCCACGACGAUCUGUUCAUGCCACAACCAACAGCAGCAGCAGCAGCAACAACAGCAACAACAACGGACAAGGCCAAUGGCAGCGCCACUCUUACCAAUGGCCAUGCAAAUGGCCUAAAGAAUGGCUACAAGCCAUUGGCCAAUGGCAAUGGCAACGUGAAUGCGUCGCCAAUGGAAAAUGGCGGCAGUGUUCACAGCAAAACGAAACUGUCAAAUGGCUAUGGAAAUGGCAAUGUCAAUGGUUAUGCCACAAAACUGCUGGACGAUGUUUCACAGGAGCUGACACACCGAAAGACACCGAAAUAAUAUCGGGAAAAUGCGGUUAGGCGCCAACAUAGAGCUUAGAAGGGGAAACUGAAAACCUGAAAACCCUAAAAACAAAAGAGGAAAAGUAAAAAAAGGGGAAAUUGAGUAAAGAAAGAAAGCAGGAAAAGCAAUUGAGCAGCGCCAGGAGCAAACAGUUUGUUCCAAAAGAGUCAUAAGCACACCUACAACACACACACACACACACACACUGGCAUACACAUGCAUACAUACACAUACAUUAAACGGAAAUUGUAUUAACUUUUAAGUGCAAGCAGCAAAUGAAGUGGAAAAAAAGUAUGAAAAACAUUUAAGUACAGCUAUA